GCGAGACACCACCCACCCUCCCCCCCGCCCCCCCCACGCCGUUGCCAGGGCGGCGCGCGGACUCGUCGGGAGCGGGCGGCGGCCAUGAGCGGCGUGCUGGACGUGCUGUGGGAGGACAGGGAUGUCCGCUUCGACAUCUCCCCGCAACAAAUGAAAAUGAGACCUGGAGAGGUCCUUAUAGAUUGCUUAGAGUCUGUUGAAGAUACCAAAGGAAACAAUGGAGACAGAGGCAGACUGCUUGUGACAAAUUUGCGGAUCAUUUGGCGCUCACUGUCAUUGCCCAGAGUCAACCUCUCUGUCGGUUACAACUGUGUUAUAAAUAUAACUACAAGAACUGCCAACUCAAAAUUACGAGGGCAGACAGAAGCUCUGUAUAUAUUGACUAAAUGUAACAAUACUCGCUUUGAGUUCAUAUUUACCAAUGUUGUUCCUGGGAGUCCCAGACUCUUCACUUCAGUGAUUGCUGUGCACAGAGCUUAUGAAACUUCCAAAAUGUAUCGUGAUCUGAAACUGAGAAGUGCAUUGAUUCAAAACAAGCAACUGAGAUUGUUACCGCAAGAACAAAUAUAUGAUAAAGUCAACGGAGUUUGGAAUUUAUCAAGUGACCAGGGAAAUUUGGGAACAUUUUUUAUUACUAAUGUGAGAAUAGUUUGGCAUGCAAAUAUGAAUGACAGCUUUAAUGUCAGCAUACCAUAUCUACAAAUUCGUUCAAUAAAAAUGAGAGACUCAAAGUUUGGCUUGGCACUUGUGAUAGAGAGUUCUCAGCAGAGUGGAGGAUAUGUACUUGGUUUUAAAAUAGACCCUGUAGAGAAACUACAGGAGGCAGUGAAAGAGAUCAAUUCACUUCACAAAGUUUAUUCAGCUAAUCCUAUAUUUGGAGUGGAUUUUGAAAUGGAAGAAAAGCCUCAACCCCUUGAAGACCUAACAGUGGAACAGGUUCCAGAUGAUGUGGAAAUAGAAGCUGAUGAACAUACAGAUGCUUUUGUGGCUUACUUUGCUGAUGAAAACAAGCAACAUGAUCGGGAGCCUGUUUUUUCAGAAGAACUGGGACUUGCAAUAGAGAAACUAAAGGAUGGAUUCACACUCCAGGGACUCUGGGAAGUAAUGACCUGAUUUAGAUUGGCACAUGUUUGUUUCCUAAGCAGGGAAAAACUCUCGGUUCUUGCUGGAUUUAGAUCUGUAGAAGAUAAUUUAGAAAUACCGAAGUAGCAGAGAAAGAACAUGCCAAAGCUAAAGAGCAGGCAGAUAUUAUACAAUAAGCCCUCAGGCUAUGUCAUAAAAGAAAGGUUACUCAAAAACCUUGUGUGCUUGAGAGCUGUGCAUUUCCUGUGUUGCCUGCCCAAGCAGGGAGGAGAGCCACUCUGAGGCAGGCGGGGCAGGCGCAGCUGCUGCGGGAAGCGCUGCCCCCUGCAGGCCCCUCGGUCUCGGCUGUACGGAGCUGCGCAUUCCCUCUGCCUGUCAGACUGGGAGCACCUGGAGUCCCUCCACACCGCCUCCAAAUGGCCUGGCAGUGCCAUUUGACACACUUGUAACCUCCGCUGUUUUCAGGAUUGUCUUCUUUCUCCUUUCCCUGACAACACAAAUUCGGCCAUGGUGUUUCAGACACCAUUUUAUGGCAGGUAGCCACCAAUUUUUUUAUAACUUCAUGGCUUCUUUGUUUAUAUAUUGCCCUUUGGCUGCCAGGACCAGGCACUGCUUGCCAUUUUACACAGCACUGUGUCAGAAAAAGAAGCCUCCUCAUUUUCUGCACAUGGAGACCACUGCCUGAGACAGGGCCAUGUGAGGUAUGCAGUUUGAUGCACAAUUUCAAGUAUUCAUGUAUUUAUACAGAGUGAUGUACUUUCCCAUAAUGAUUAUAUUUGAAUUACAUUUCCAUAACUUGUUUAAUGAUUUGCAACACAGAAAUACCAUCAUACAGAGAACAUUUUGUAUGUAGCCUUAUUGGCUGUGUUAUUGAUAGCUUUAAGCAAAAGCAAUUCUGUUCCAAAUAACAGCUUUCAUAUCUCAUAAUUUUGUUAAAUGUUCAGCAUGUAUUAUUCCAAGUAUUUAACUGUAAUCCAGAUAUCCUCCUACUGUUGUUGUUUGUUUGUUUGUUUUUGCUAGAGCACUUUUUAAAGCAAUGAUCUAGAAAACAGGGCACAUGCAAAUAGCUUCUGUGUAUGAGUCAUUAGACCUUUCAUGAUGUUAUGUGUUAUAGAGGAAUGAGUCAUUUAUUGUUUAAAGAAAGACACAGCUGUUAGGUUUUCUAGUGAGAUAAAACCUCUGUGCUGUUUUCUAUAAAUGGAGAAAGUCAAAUGAGCUGUCCUCUCAGCUGUUGUUUCAGCAGCUGACUGUUAAAGUAACUGUGGUGCGAAUGUAAUACUGGUGUUUGUAGAAAAUCUUUCAAAGUAUAUACUUUAAUGAAAUACAACCUAUAUUAAAAAGCAGCCAUUACUUCAAUAAACUUUGAUAAUAUUAUAUAUUGUUGUAAA